CCAACACAACAACAUAUUAUUACGUUCAAGGUAAAACUCCCACUCCAAAAUCCAAAUCCCCCCCAUCUUCCUCAUCAAAUUUCAUGCUUUUCGAUCCUCAAUCCGGAUAACAAUGCUCCCAAAUCACACGCCUCACAAUCCUCCAAUCAAUAUCCUGUAAAAAAAACCCUCGCAAUUUCACCUCUCUCCUUGAUUCUUCGCUCCACUCGUCAUUGAUAUAUUGUGGAUUCUGUGCGCAGUACGUAUUCUUUGUUCAGGGUGGUAAACUGAUGGAAAACAGUCCUUGAUACUGUAUUGAGCACCAUCUUUGUCGGUAGAGAGUCUGAUAUGAUUCCUCGAUUUCCGGUGUCUAAAACUCCUGGCAUUAGCGGAGACAGUAUGGAAAUUGACGGUGAUCCUUUUCAUCACGCAGAGGCGGUUCCAAAGAUACUGGAUGCUGACGUGGAGUUAUCUCGCCAUCGCAUAUCCGUAUUUCUUUCUACACAUACUGCAUACGAGUUGCUACCAGAAUCUGGCAAGGUUGUUGCCUUGGAUGUCGCCCUACCAGUUAAGCAAGCUUUCCACAUUCUGUAUGAACAGGGAAUAUCAGUUGCCCCCCUUUGGGACCAUGACGUUGGUCGAUUUGUUGGAAUACUCAGUCCAUUAGACUUCAUCUUAAUACUUAGAGAGUUGGGGAAUCAUGGAUCAGACUUGACUGAAGAAGAGCUUGAAACCCAUGCUAUAUCCGCUUGGAAAGAGGGGAAGUUACAGCUUACCAGGAAAUUUGAUGGUAAUGGAUCAUUGCAUCCAAGACGUCUCAUUGAUGCUGGGCCUCACGAUUCACUAAAAGACGUUGCUUUAAAACUGUUGCAAAACAAGGUUGCUACUGUUCCAAUAAUCACACAUGAUGGUUCUGUCCCUCAGCUGCUACAUUUGGCAUCCUUAACUGGAGUUCUAAAAUGCAUCUGCAGACAUUUUAAGCAUUCACCAGCCUCCUUGCCAAUUCUUCAACAACCAAUCUGUUCAAUUCCGUUGGGCACGUGGGUCCCCAAGAUUGGGGAAUCAAACGGACGACCCUUUGCAAUGUUGCGACCAAAUGCUUCACUUAGUGACGCCUUGUCUUUAUUAGUUCAAGCUGAAGUGAGUGCAGUACCUAUAGUGGAUGAUAAUGACUCUUUGCUUGAUAUAUACUCCCGCAGUGAUAUCACUGCUUUGGCGAAAGACAGAGCAUAUGCACAAAUUCACCUUAAUGAACUCAGCAUUCAUCAGGCAUUACAACUCACUCAAGAAGCAAGUGCAACAUACGGCUUUUUUAACGGUCAAAGAUGUCAUAUGUGUUUGAGAUCUGAUCCACUGCAUAAAGUUAUGGAUAGGCUCGCUAUUCCUGGUAAUUUAUUUCUGCAGCUAAUGCUAGAAUCCUCACCUCAAUGUUGCGGUAGCAAUUUCGACCCAUUUACCUCUGAAUGGGAGUUAGGAGACUUGUUAUAGUGGAAGCAGGAAGCAAGCGCGUAGAGGGCAUCAUUUCCCUAACCGAUUUAUUCAGGUUUUUGCUUGGGUAACCAAACAAUUUCUGUAGUCCUCAUCAUAACUGCUAAAGGAAAUGAAAGUUCUUUGGUAUGGCGGGUAGUCUUCGGUUGUUACAAGUCCUGAGCUUUCGACUCUCAAGUUUUCUUUUUCUUUUUUAAUCUUAUUGCACUAGUUCAAACAGAAAUUUCUGUAAAUUUCAAGAAGAUUCAAUGUUUUUUUUGUUGUCCUGGCUUUAAUGUAAGGCAUCAUUGUCAAGUCUGGCAUUAAUGUAUUUUAUUUUAUUUUAUUGUGUUAGUUCAAAGAAUUUUCUGUAAA